AUUGUGAAAUGUAAUUGACUUCAGCUAUUCUGCUAACAUGUUCUUAUCAACCUCAAUCUCAAUCUCAAUUCUUUACUGGCAUUUUUAUGAUUGUGAAUAGCAAUACUAAAGAAAUAAUUGGAGCUGACCUAGAAUACUCACUGUCUACUGUCUCUACUUUGGUUUUGCUUGCCCUGUGAGCUAACAGGCAUUUCUAUGGUCGGCGAGAUCUUUGAAUUGGUCAUUUCUAGAGCCGCCUGUAUAAAUUGUCUUGGUCUUUGUUUCAUAUGCUAGUAAAUUGUUUGAUUUUCUUGGUCGACUCAGAAACUUCCUCAUAAUUAUAUUUACCUAAUUAUCUUCUUCAAUUUGAAGACUUAAAUAGUUUCAGGUACUUUUCAUAAGAGAGAGAUACAGAUUCUGAUUCUUGAAAUUUUGAAGGGUUUCUUUAGCUGAUGGGAGGGAAGAGCUCAAAAGGGUCUAGCGGGAGACAUAUUUCCUCUUACGGUUCAAACAAUUCAUCUUCAUCAUGGAAUCAGUAUGGGUAUCCUCAAGCAUCACCAUAUCCAUACCCUUCUGCUCAUCAGAACCCAUAUCCAUACCCAUCUACUUCUGAGCAUCAUCAGGCCUCUUCUUCUUCUUAUAGUUAUGAAACAGAAAGGCCUCAGCCACAGAAAAGGUUAGAUAGGAAAUACUCCAGAAUUGCUGAUGAUUACAAGACCUUGGAUCAGGUCACUGCUGCCCUCGCUCAAUCCGGCCUAGAGUCUUCUAAUCUCAUUGUCGGCAUUGAUUUCACAAAAAGCAAUGAGUGGACAGGUUCAAGAUCAUUCAAUCGGCGAAGCUUACAUCACAUUGGCAAUGGGCAAAAUCCAUAUGAACAGGCAAUAUCAAUUAUUGGCAGGACUUUAUCAGCAUUCGAUGAGGAUAAUUUAAUUCCCUGUUUUGGGUUUGGAGAUGCAUCAACACACGAUCAAGAUGUCUUCAGUUUUUAUGAAGAUGAAAGAAUCUGUAAUGGAUUUGAAGAAGUGUUGACCCGAUACAGAGAAAUUGUUCCCCAGCUUCGACUUGCAGGGCCAACAUCAUUUGCGCCCAUCAUCGAGAUGGCUAUUACAAUUGUUGAGCAAAGUGGUGGACAAUACCAUGUUCUGGUGAUAAUUGCUGAUGGACAGGUAACUAGGAGCGUUGACACACAGCGUGGUCACUUCAGUCCGCAGGAGCAGAAGACAAUCAAUGCAAUUGUGAAAGCGAGUGAAUACCCUUUAUCAAUAAUUUUAGUAGGGGUUGGUGAUGGGCCUUGGGACAUGAUGAGAGAGUUUGAUGAUAACAUCCCUGCUCGAGCCUUUGAUAACUUUCAGUUCGUGAAUUUCACAGAGAUAAUGACAAAAAAUGUCAACGAAUCUAGAAAAGAGACAGAGUUUGCACUUGCAGCAUUGAUGGAAAUACCUGCUCAAUACAAAGCAACAAUUGAGCUUGGCAUAUUGGGUCGACGGACAGGGAAUGCUCCGGAGAGGGUUCAUCUGCCCCCACCUCUUCGUGGAGCAUCUUCUUUUGGCCAGAGCUUAAAACCAUCCCGUUCAAACAGCUUUCAGCAGCGUGUUCCUUCUUAUUCUGGAUAUGAGUCGCCUGUUUCUUCUUAUUCUGGGUACGACGCGCCAGCUGCUGGAUAUGAUACACCAGUCAACACAGCUCCAUAUUCAAGUUCUACUUAUGAUAAUCAGGUUUGCCCAAUUUGUCUUACUAACAAAAAGGAUAUGGCCUUUGGUUGUGGGCAUCAGACAUGUUGUGAGUGUGGAGAAGACCUUCAACUAUGCCCCAUUUGUCGAAGCCCGAUACAGACUAGAAUCAGGCUAUAUUAAUCAGUUCAAUGCUCAUCUUUGUUAUUGUCUCUGCCACCACCAGUGAGUUUGAUUUGGUGAAAGCUGAUUCAAAUACCCAUUUUCUGAAGGCAGGGACAGGUCAGAUAUUUGCAUUGCCCUUUUCUCAUCGUUUUAUGUCAAGAUGCAGCAAAAAUUGUAUCUGCAUGAAUUCGAUUGAGAAGGAACAGUUUUCGAAUAUACAGGAAAAUCAAGCUGCAAAAGAGUUGUAUAUAACUGCUAGCUUUGUAAACAUUCAAGAACGAGUUGGAUUCUACAAUUUCUUGCUGAACAUGGCUUAUUCAUCCUCAUGAAAGCUUCUGUUCAUAUGAUUUUGGCAGAACCUAGAUGUAUUAAAGCAGAUAGAUGAAUAAGGAGUUGGUUCACAUUUAUUCUUCGGUUUGUUUUUUUCUAGGCAUAUGUAGUAACAUAAUGUGUAUUUGUUUGACUCUGGGAAUCUACACUAGGGUAAUUAGAAAUUUAUAAUUUGAAAUUGAAUAGUGAAGUGUGAGCUGUAGUGGAUUUGGUGUAUACAAAAUUUUUCUACUGUUAAUUCUUUCGUGGUUGCAAGCUGUA